CGUCGACAUCACACUGCAUCGUCGAUAGCGAAUCACCUCGACAACCAGUCCACACCGACCAGGGACGUAGUCAAGCGAUACGAAUCAGCCUCACUCGAUCGGAACCGCAACUGUUCUCACCUGACGAGCAGGACAUUCCGAUCGUCCCCCGUCGCCUCAUCAAAUAACAGACCUCCCUUUCACCACACAACCACCACCACAAACAACGCUCUCAUCGACAUCGAUAUGUCUAGCUCGCAGCAACAACAACAACCUACGGUGAACAUGUCCGACUACCUCGAUUUCAACUUUGGGGAUGUUCUCCAGGCCCCCUCGUCCCCGUUCAACUUUAACGAGUACGACUUCCCCUCCCCCUCACAGCCUCACUCGAACUUGAACCAGAACUUCAAUCCCGCCUCUGGUCCUUCUUCUUCUUCUUCCUCCCACUCCAACUUUGACCACAACUUUAACAAUUUCAACAAUGCCACCGCCUCGACUUCCACGUACAACCCGAACUUGGACAUUUCCAACUCGAACCCGAUCUCCCCCUGGACCCCACCCGGUCUGACCUACUCCCUAACCUCGCCGGAAGAGUCCAACUCGAACGUCUCUCCUUCCAUGUCCAUGGACGUGGGGAACGAUUUCGCCGGGUUCUCACCGGUCUUGGUCAACGGGAACGGGAGCGGCAAUAACGACUACUUGGUCGAUGGGAGUGGGAAUGGGAUGUUUGAUAUCAAUAGCGGGGACUUUGGAAUCGGAGGGGACUUUGAUUAUCCGAAUAGAAAGGAGGGGUUGCAGGUGAAAAGGGAACCUUUGUCGGACCCGCAACAGUACCUCAACUCGUUUGACGACAUCAAUGCCAAUGGCGAAGGGAAUGAGAGUGGGCUUGGGGGGACGGUCAAUACGGCGGAUCUGUUCGGGGCGAUCCCUUUGCCCGGUGGAGGUGUUGGUGCCGGUGCCGGCGCUGCGGGUCUGAUGGGAAUGGGAAUGGGCUUUGACGGCAAGCAGCAGGAGAAAGGAAUGGGUAUGGGAAUGGGACCCGGGUUCAACGGGUCGAUCGUCUUUGGGAACGAAGAUGCCGGGAUGGCAGAUUAUCUCGCUAUGCUCCAAAAGCAACAACACCAACAACAACAACAAUCGAUUGGUGCGUUCCAAGUCCCUCAGCAGCAAUCACAGCAUCAGUUGCAGCAGAUCUCCGAGGACGAGGACGAUUCGGUCAAUGCCGCUUCCCCUGCUGCGUUUUCGGUCGCUUCUACUUCUUCCCGCAAAGCGUCCACUACCACCACCACCACCACCACCACCGCCACUUCUGCGGCCGCUGCUACGAUCGGUACCGCCACUGCCCCUGCGGCCGGGUCGAAACCCGCUACGAAACGUGCUACCGGCAAGAAGGCCCAGACCAAGCCUUCGAGGUCAGUCUCCGUAGCCGCCUCUGCUUCUCGGGACGAAGAGGAUGAUGAAGAUGGCGAGUCCGCCCAGGGCGAUAACAACAACAACAAGGACAGGCGCGCCUCGGAGGAGAUGGAUACGUUGCCCUUGCCGGCCAUGUUCGGCGGGGUGAAGGGGAAAGGAGGGAAGAAGGGGGGAGGGAUGAGCAGUGUGGUCUUGGAGGAUGGGGAGGAGGCGGGAGAGGAGGACGAUUGGAGACCUAGCGCCGAGGAGUACAAGAAGAUGUCCUCCAAGGAGAAGCGACAGUUGCGAAACAAGCUCUCGGCUCGAGCGUUUAGGAACCGAAGGAAGACGUAUAUCAACGAGCUCGAGGACCAUAUCAAGGAUCGGGAUAGGUUGAUCGAUGCGAUCAGGAACGAGUUGAAGAAUUUCAGGAGCGAGAACGACGAGUUGAGACGUGAGAUUGGGAUGAUGAAAAAGGCCGCAUUGGAGCCGAACGAGGAACUCACCCCGGUCAAGACUCCCAGUCGAUCGUCGACCGCGAAAUCGAGCUCGACGUCGUCCUCGUCGCCCAUCAGCACGUUCAACCCGAGGAAAGACUUGCCCACCUCGACCUCGGCGCUGUUGAACCAAAUGUCGCCGAGGUCCAUGUGGGGCGAAGGCGCGGGAGGUUAUACGAGCGUGCACACGACGUUCAUGCCGGACCUCGCCCUGCCUUCGACGCUUCAACUCAACAUUCCUCGUCAGAACUUGAACCCUCACCUGAACAUGCCCGCCGAGCCCGUCGUCAACAAGGCACCUCACCCGUUCAAGUCGGAUGGAAACAACUUGGGAGACUCGUUCGACGCCUGGUCGGCCGAGACGCCAUUCAGCUACCGCUCGUUGGAGGCUUACCGGAUGCAGCUCUGGUCGAGGAUGGCCAGGGACGCUUCGUUGGCCAAACAAGGCGUGCCGGUCGAUAUGCGACCCAAGUUUCUCAAAGAGCCCGCCGAGCACAAGGCUGCUGUCAUCGCCGCCGCUACCGCUGCCACCGCACCCGAGGCUAGUGCGACUGCCUUGUCGAACGUCAUCUCGAGUGCCAUCUCGACCCGGCUCUUUUCGGCGUUCUUGUCUGCGUUCCAGUCGCCUACCGGACGUGGCAUGGAUGGGGACCGAGUCGCCGCAGUGUUUACCGGCAAGGCCGGGCUCAAGGUCGUCGACAACGCUCCUACUCCCAACUCUUCAGCCUCGGUCUCGUCUCCCGCGACGUCUCGGUCAGACACCGACGCCGACGCCGCGCUUGCAGCCAGUUUCGCUCACCUCAAGGUCGCCACCGAGAGUUUGGGGAUCAAGAGCCCGGAAGCGUCCGCGUCGACCAAGUCGUUGCCCUCUUCGGACGACGAAUCGCGAAGCUGGGGCUUCCUCAGUCGAUCCGUCGUCAGGGGUUAAAGCGCUAGCGUGCUUCUCUACUCUGUUGGUCUUGGUCUUCUUUCUAGAUCUUUUGGGUUCAUAUGUUGUUUUCCUUUCUCUAUUGACGUCGUGAUGUGAACUGUCUGAAUAAUACCCUGAAAAUUGUGUUCCGUCUUUGUGUAUCGUAGCUAUAUAUAUUAAACUUCUCCUCGAUCCCGGACUUUUUGUAGACACAAAGCCUUGAGAAAACGUCUUGACAUGAAGUAGUAAUGAUGGCAGAAUUGACAUGCGC